AGGAAAGACGCAGGAAAAAGAAAAAAGGGCGAGGAAAAGAAACGAGAGCGAGGAAAAAGAAAGGAAAGGCAGCGAAGGCGAAGAAACCUGAGAGCAGCAGCAAGACGAAGACGAGGACGAGAGAGUGAUCUUCCUCUCUCUCUGUCUCUGUCUCUGCGUGUGCCUCCUUGGAAGAUCUUCCUUGCCGCUGCGUCUGCCAUCAGCAGCCUUAAGAAGAAGAGGAAGAAGAAGAAGAAGAAGAAGAGAAGAGAAGAAGAAAGGAAAAAGAAAAAGAAGAGAAGCAGAGAAGAAGAAGAUCGGUGGGAAAGGAAGAGCAGCGGCGACAGGCCGUCCUUCUGGCAGCUUUCUGUCGUUUCUACCGGCUUUCUAGAAGCGCCUGUUCCUGCAGCCAGCCAGCAGACGAUGACUUAA